AUGCUCGAUGAAGACUUACCGGUAAAGUCGCCCGACGCAGGAUGUGGUUUAGAGGAUUACGUUGAUUCCGCCACAGAGGAGAUUUCUGGAGAGGAUCUUGCAGAGCUCAACAAGAUAUUAACUCAUAACAAGUUGUUCUCAGCUCUUAUGGUUGUUUAUGGGCGCACUUAUAUUUUGAUGGAGAAUCGAGAGUUUGCAACCAGGUGCUUGACGGCCGCUUUCAUGCAGGAUCGGCACUGCUUAAUUGCAGAAGAACUACUCAGAAAGUAUAGGCUAGUACCAUGUACGAAGCGGGACCCCUGUUAUCGCCUGAUGAAGAAAAUGAAGAAGAAAUGCGCAUCGGCAGAUCCACGUCAAAGAACUAGACACGCACAUAAAUUGUAUAGAGAUGGAAACGUGGCUGAAACUUUAGCAAUUACCACAGCAAUAAUGGAAGAACACGGGCUUUAUCUAGAUUGUGUUAUCUUGCAUGCGAACUGUUUGUGUUACUUCCAAGACUACAGGAGAUUGUUUCUCUUAGCGCACGAGCUAGUCGUAUCUUUCCCUGAUCACCACUACAGCUGGUAUGUCGUAGCUAUGUACUAUUUCACAUGUUUCAAUAUCCAUGCAGCAAGAACGUUCAUAAAUAAAGCUGCCUUGAUGAGAACAGCCUUUGGCGAAGGAUGGAUAGCGUAUGGUCACAUUUUAGCAGCUGAAUGUGAAAAUGAGCAGGCAUUGAACUGCUACUAUCGAGCCGCCCGAAUCCUUCCUUGGCACUAUGAGCCAAAAAUGUACAUAGGAAUGCAGUAUUGCAGAGUAGGGGUUCGAAUGGCUGAAGACUUUUUGCGCGAGGCAUCCUGCAUUCGCGCUUCUGACCCAGUUAUAAUGCAUGAACGAGGCUCUUACUACUAUCGCUACAACAAGUUUCGGAGUAAGUUCCUUGGGAGCCUUGAUUCUCUUUGAUA